ACAUUUUCAUGUCCUUCUGCAUGCAUCCUCCACAUCAGGCUAACCACCCUCGACGUUUCUCUCCCUCGAUUCACGGCAACCUCUCGGAGCGUGGUCGCAGCAACGGCCGCGGCGUUGGUGGCAAUGGAACGCCCAAUCUCCAUGCUUCUUCUUGCUGUCGAACACCAGAUCGCAGGAGACAAGAAUCAGUGAGCAUGCAUCAUGUCGUCCAACAUGUUCGGCAAGAAAGGGUGGGACUCGAAUGGGAUGGAUACAUCUGGUUCUGUCUGCAGAAGUUCUUCAGAUAUCAAUUACAUUAAUCAACGGGCAAGAUUGAAGAGUGCGAGCCUAAACUGUGUGGGUUCGCCGCCAAGGAAGAACAACAAUGCUACACAGUACCGGAUGUUUGUUGCCACAUGGAAUGUGGGAGGAAGAACUCCUAAUAAACGACUUAACCUUCAAGACUUUCUGCAGGUUGAAGAAUCUCCUGACAUCUACGUCUUAGGGUUUCAGGAGAUUGUCCCCCUGACCGCCGGCAAUGUGCUCGUCCUCGAAGACAACGAGCCGGCGGCGAGGUGGCUGGCGCUGAUCCACCAGGCGCUGAACAUGCCCCAAGAACCGGCCGACGGCGACGAGCCAUCGCCUUUGACGCCGCCGCCGUCGUCGUCGACGACGACGUCGGAGUCGUCGAACGGCGCCCGGACCCGGCGGCGCGACGCCGUGUCGAGGUCAGCCAGCGGCAACCUCUUCUUCCACACGCCGUCGCUCAAGAUGCUCAGCAACAGCUACCGCGUCGACAGCGCGCUAGUCAAGACGUGCAACUGCUCGCCGGAGCACUCCUCCGUGCGCCGCCGUGCCGCGGAGGUGCGCGAGUCCGUGUACCUCGCCGACGCACCCGCGCCAGCCGGCGAGACGGCGGCGCCAGCUGCCGACGAAGACGACGCGCCGACGACGGAGGCGCAGUGCGAGGCAGGAUGCGGCGGCGGCGGCGGCAUGAGCUACUGCCUGAUCGCGAGCAAGCAGAUGGUGGGGCUCUUCCUGUCGGUGUGGGUGAGGAAGGAGCUCGUCGAGCACGUCGGCCAUCUCCGGGUGGACUGCGUCGGGCGCGGCAUCAUGGGGUGGCUCGGCAACAAGGGCUGCAUCGCCAUCAGCAUGACGCUGCACCACACCAGCCUCUGCUUCGUCUGCAGCCACCUCGCCUCCGGCGAGAAGGAAGGCGACGAGCUGCGGCGCAACGCCGACGUCGCCGAGAUCCUCAAGAGCGCGCACUUCCCGCGCGCCUGCCGCCCGGCGCCCGCCGCCGCCCGCCGCGUCCCCGAGAGGAUUCUUGACCACGACCGAAUGAUCUGGCUCGGCGAUCUGAACUACCGCAUGUCGUUAAGCUACGACGAGACAAGAACACUACUGGAGGACAACGACUGGGACGCUCUACUGGAGAAAGAUCAGCUGUUGAUCGAGAGAGAAGCGGGGAGAGUGUUCAGAGGCUGGAACGAAGGAAAGAUCUGCUUCGCGCCGACGUACAAGUACACGCACAACUCCGACGCGUACGCCGGCGAGACGGCCAAGUCCAAGAAGAAGCGGAGGACGCCCGCAUGUGUAGGUGCGACCGGAUACUGUGGCAGGGAGACGGCAUCGAGCAGCUUCAGUACCUGCGCGGAGAGUCGAGGUUCUCCGACCACCGGCCGGUCUGCGGCGUGUUCGCCGUCGAGGUGGACGGCGGCGAUGGCGACGGCGGCGGCGCCGCCGGCAAGAUCAUGAAGGGUUACUACUCCCUCAACGCCCGGAUCGGCGGUGACAGAUCGCAGUGUCACCAGGGUGACGUGUCGUGAACUGAUUAUAUAUUUCAUCCCCUUUUGCAAGUUUGCAAUGAUAGGGUCUUGUGUAUAAGAAGGUUUAUUACCAAGAACAGAGGAUAUUGUAGAUACUAGUAUCUGACAAGAAUCCCAUGACUGAAAUUAGUACGAGUACUGACUAAUUAAGAAUACAGUAAUUUUCGUAAUUUGUAGAACCUGUCUAGCUGUAUGGUUAUUUUUGUCCACUUAUAUGAACCCCUUGGGCAGAGAAAGUUGUCUCGUAUAUAUGUAUAGACAAAUUAUGUACUCGUUAUAUUGUUAUAUUUUUUUCACUACUCCUUAAUAUUUA